AUGUCUGCCCUGACCAACGUCGCCCUUCCCAUCACGAAGGCUACCAUUACAGUUCGUGUGAUAAAGUCGUUCAAGUAUCGCACAGAAAGAAGCCUGGUCCUGCAUGAACUCGACUUGCAGAAAACAACCGUCGGAGAGCUGAAGAACAUCGCAAAGCAAGCCGUGAAGUCGGGGCCAGGUUGGAAAGCUUACCGCAAUGUUGAUCUAGACACACUCAAACUGUACACCAAAGCGCACGGCGCCAAGACUUCGAAUCUGAUAAUCAACCUGGACCACGAUGACUGGAUUCUAGGUGACGAGAGCAAGACCCUGGCAGAAGUUGGUCUUGAAAACGAGACGGAAGUUAGCUUUUUCAACCGCGAAGCAUACGAAAAGUACAGGCUUAAUCCAGAAGUGAGUUGCCUUCACGGUGAGGCCUCGAUUUCUGUUUCUGAUGAUACCUCACAGAUUCGCUGGGAUGUUUCUGGUUAA